UGUCUCUGAGCACCACUGCCGAGAAAAGCCCGAAUGAGGAGCGACGACUUUGGACGGCUUCUGAAGCAGCCGGUUCCAGAGCUCCAAGAGUGGCGUCAAUGCUCUCUUUGCAGCGGUCUCCUCCUGUGCAGCUCAGGCACGUUUCGGCCGUCGUUGUGCCGGGUCUGUCACGCUUUGACCCAUUCUCUCGUUGCUCGACGUUGCUUUCGUUACUCUUCGUGCUUUCGUUGCUCGACGUUGCUUUCGUUGCUCGACGUUGCUUUCGUUACUCGUCGUGCUUUCGUUGCUCGACGUUGAGAGGGAGAAGAAGACCAUUUGCAGUCAACUUUUAUUUGAUGGCCUUCAAGGUGCGGAGGAGGGGGAGGAACGACGGCCUUCCUCAUCGGUCGUCGUUGGUGGCAGGGCAGGCUACGUGUUGGCGGUAUCUCCGUUUGUCCCUUGCUUCUUCUGUGAACUCCUCUUCCAUCAUCUUCCCUGCCAUCAACGAAGAUCAGUUUUUCUCGCUAUCUUGUCUCUGUGGACCUCUUCCUUCUUGCCGCUACCCUCCCUCCAUGAAUUUGGCAGAAAUUGGUAGGUUCCUUGUAGAAUUGAACACAUUGGGCAGUGCCCUUUCGGUGACUGAAGCUCCGGAACCUCCUGAAAGGCUGUGGAUUGUAGUCCAUAUGCAAACUGGCUUCUGUUAGGCGUUUGUUUUGGCGAGAGAUAAGACCUUCACAACUAUGGAUAAAGUUGUUCUGGUUAAUCUUCUUCUCAUGUGUUUUGCUGGGAUUCGUUUGUUUGCCUUCACGCCGGUGGACAAUUGCCUCAUCGACUGUGGUUCUUCCACCAACACGACAGUCGAUAAACGAGUUUUCGUUGCGGAUAGUCCUGGCUCUUUCUUCUCCGUUACGACCGGAGAAAAUAUUUCAGGCAACACGGCCUCCAGCCCCAGUGGAAAUCUCAGUGGAUUGGAUCUCUACCGGACAGCGCGAAUCUUCACCAGUGAUUCUUCUUAUACGUUCUCAAUCAACAGCCCUGGCAGGCACUGGAUUCGCCUGUAUUUCUUUCCAUUCAGCUACCAAAUGUACGACCUAACAACUGCGAGUUUCUCUGUGCGGACUCAAGACACCGUCCUCCUCAGCAAUUUCAGAACGCAGAAUACUUCUGCCGCUGUAUUCAAGGAAUAUUCCGUCUUUGUAAACUCGAGCAGCCUCGUUCUCACUUUCACUCCUCUGAGCAGCUCGUUCGCGUUCGUGAAUGCGAUAGAAGUUGUUUCUGUUCCCUCUACGCUUAUCGCAGAUUCCGCUCACUUGUUGAAUACUCCAUCAACCCGUGAUGGCCUGUCGAAGGAAACAUUCGAGACGGUGUUCAGGGUGAACAUGGGAGGACCCCUGGUCACUCCUCUAGAUGACGCACUCCAGAGAACUUGGGUGACUGAUGAAGACUUUCUGCUACUUAAGAGCGCCGCCUUGAGUGUUACAACAAGCCAGCAACCUACAUAUCCUAAUGGAGGAGCCACCCAAGAUACUGCUCCAGCCAUUGUGUACAGAACGGCUAGAAUGAUGAACCCGUCGACGCAGACGAACGUGAUUAAGUUCAACAUGACAUGGCAGUUCCCGUUGGAUUUCAGUUACUCUUAUUUAAUCCGGAUGCAUUUCUGUGACAUAGCAAGUAAAGCACAGAAUCAGCUUGUGUUCAAUGUCUACAUAGACGGCUUCUCUGCGGUCUCGAAUCUUGAUCUGUAUGCUAAAACAUUGGCCUCAGCAUCUCCUUGGUACUACGACUUUGUUUUGGCUGUUACUUCUGGUUCGAGUAGUCUGAAUGUGUCUGUUGGUCCCUCUGAUUCGCCGGGUACUCCUCCUAAUGCAACUUUAAAUGGGCUGGAGAUUAUGAAGUUUGUCUUGCCAUCUGCCAAUCCAUCCUCAAGGAAGGGCACAAAGAUUGUUAUAAUUGUUGGCUCUCUCUUGGGGGGCUUGGUCGCGAUUGUCUUGUGCUUGGUUGCCAUACUGCUGCUUAGAGGCCGGAAGAAACCGAGAAGGGAUGGACAUUCUAAUUCUAGGACCAGGAUUCCUUUUACUGUUGGGAGGCAAUCCCACGGCGGAGGCAGAAUUGCAACUUCAAACACCGGCUUAUCAGGGCACGAUGCAAGUCUUGGUUUCCGAUUCACCUUCACCGACUUGCAGGAAGCGACAAUCAACUUUGGUGAAACAUCUCUCAUUGGAGUAGGUGGCUUCGGGAAGGUGUACAAGGGAAAGCUGCGAGAUGGAACUGUAGUGGCCGUAAAAAGAGCCAACCCAGGCUCUCAGCAGGGGAUGAAAGAAUUCCUCACAGAGAUCGAUAUGUUGUCUAAAUUCCGUCACCGUCACCUGGUCUCACUGAUCGGCUUCUGUGAUGAGCAGUCUGAGAUGAUCCUGGUGUACGAGUAUAUGGCAAAUGGGACCCUCAGGUCUCAUCUCUAUGGAAGUGGUCUUCCUAGUCUUACUUGGAAGCAGAGACUGGAGAUAUGCAUAGGAGCAGCUCGAGGACUUCAUUACCUACACACGGGUUCCACCCGAGUAAUCAUCCAUCGUGAUGUGAAGUCGGCCAAUAUAUUACUGGAUGCGAAUCUUAUGGCAAAGGUUUCAGAUUUUGGAAUCUCGAAAGCGGGUCCUGAUUUGGAUCAAUCCCAUGUGAGCACGGCUGUCAAAGGGAGCUUCGGCUACCUGGAUCCAGAGUAUUUCAAAAGGCAACAGUUGACAGAGAAAUCAGAUGUCUACUCAUUUGGGGUCGUGCUGCUGGAAGUCCUGUGCGCAAGGCCUGUGAUUGAUUCUACACUUCCUCGGGAGAUGGUAAACAUUGCAGACUGGGCAAUGAAAUGGCAGAAGAAGGGGAAAUUGGAGCGAAUUAUUGAUCAUCGUCUUGCCGGUGCUAUCAAGCCUGCUUCUCUCAUGAAAUUUGGAGAGACAGUCGAGAAAUGCUUAGCUGAAUAUGGUACAGACCGUCCUUCCAUGGGAGACGUGCUGUGGAACUUGGAGUAUGCUUUGCAGCUCCAGGAGACAUCAUCUCUUGCUGAUCCAGAUGAUAACAGUGCAACUUGUCUCAUAGAUAUGCCCAUUCGAAUCUCACGUGUCGAUUCAUAUGAAACUGAAGUGACGAGCAUAGAUGGGACCUCAAAUGGGGAUGAACUGUUAAGCACAUCAUCAAACAAUGUUUUCUCCCAGCUGAUAAACACGGAAGGCAGGUAGCUGCUGAUCCAAGGUAGUUUGCUCCGCAAUCUGUCUCGAGUAGCAAUUUGUUUUCUGUUGUUAUCGACUGUAAGCAUUCUAUCAUAUUUUUGGACUCCAGGGGCGACGUUCAAUCAUGGCCUUUUGCAUGUUUGAGUUGGCGUUCUUAGCUUUUCGUCUUCUCACUGCCGACUUUCUCAGCAAACCUCUGGCUGACGCAGUCCGCAGUAGGGCCUUGAUUACAGAGAGGACUUUGACGCCUCUUCAUCUUUGUAGUGUUCCUAGUGCCUCCGUCUUAUUUUAUUAUCUAUUUUACUCAGGCACGGCAAAAUGAGAAGGCUCAGCGCCCUCUAGCAGCUCAGUUUGCUUUCCGAACGGACUUUCACAGUUGCAGCGAUUGUACUGUACAGUAAAGGCUGUAAAGUUAUCUGUGCAUGAUUAACUACAUGUUCCUUUCUCUCUACUUUCUUCAUCCUCAUAGCUCU